GGCUCAACGCAGAAUCUUCACAGUAUUCAAGCUUAUAAGAAACUGCUCCAAUAAACAUAAUGGAACAUCCAAAGCAGCUUCUUCCUGAUUUCAACAUGCGCUACCGUGGGAAACAAAAUGCCCCAAAGGGAACAUCUGAUGCUGAGAAGGAUGACCUACCUGAAUUUGAACCUUUUAAAGGAGCACUACCUCGUGGACCUAUCACAUCAAAUGAUCAGUAUGCAGGCUUGAAAUUGGUGAAGUUGGACCUGCACAAGAGUGUAAAUACCAGGGAACAUCGGACCGACAAAUUUAAACAUCAUGAUCUCAUCAUACGGCGGGGUCAGAAGUUCACAAUGACACUCACUUUCAACCGUCCAUACGAUGUUUCUACAGACUAUGCCAUGUUGGAGUUUGUAAUUGGUAAAAACUCCCGCUCUGGCAAGGCUACCUAUAACAUUGUGCUUCUAAACAAGUGUCCAUAUCCAGAUGAUUGUAAGAAUAUGUGGGAGAGAGGGGAACUCAAUCUGACAUAUAACAGAAUUAGUGUGGACAUAACACCUUCAGCAAAAAGCAUUGUCGGAAAAUAUCACGUCUAUCUGACUGUGUCGGUACCUCAUUGGGGAAAACAACGGACAGACCUCGAAACAGACAUUUAUGUCCUGUUCAAUGCAUGGUGCCAAGAUGAUGACGUCUUCUUGAAUGAUGAAGCUCAGCGGAAUGAAUACGUUCUCAAUGAACGAGGAAUAAUCUUCAAUGGAGAGACUAACCAUGUAUCCAGCAGGCCAUGGGACUUCGGACAGUUCAAACAUGGUGUUCUGGAUGCCUGUUUCCAUUGCUUGAACAUGUCAGAAAUGGUGUUGGAAGAUAGAAAAAAAGUUGCUUUGGUAGCACGGAGAGCUUCUCAAAUGGUGAAUGCCCUGGAUGACAAUGGGGUGUUGGUGGGUAACUGGUCUGGAAACUAUGCCAUGGGUACUCCUCCCGCCGCAUGGACUGGCAGCGCAGAAAUACUUCUCCAGUAUAAGAGGAAUAGUGCACCCGUGUCUUAUGCACAGUGUUGGGUGUAUGCUGGUGUGUUGAAUACCGUUUUACGUUGUCUGGGGAUCCCAUCCAGAGUGGUCACCAACUUCAACUCUGCCCAUGACACCAAUGGAAAUUUAACACUUGAUAUCUUUGUGGAUGAAGAUGGGUCAAUGAACAGGGACUACACUAAUGACUCAGUGUGGAAUUACCACUGCUGGAAUGAAGGCUUUAUGAAAAGAACGGACUUGAAUUCCAAAUAUUGGGGCUGGCAGGUAGUGGAUGCCACACCACAAGAAACCAGUAAAGGACUCUUUCAAUGUGGCCCAACCUCAGUUAAAGCCAUCAAAGAAGGACAAGUCUGUCUCCAAUACGAUGGCAAAUUUGUCUUUGCCGAGGUGAACAGUGAUGUAGCAUUUAAGAUGGUGGACAAGCAUGGGCUGUGGAAGACUGUGCAAGUAAACACAUCCCAUGUAGGGACGAAGAUUGUUACAAAAGCAGUUCAUUCAAAUGCAGCGGAAAACAUCAAGGAUAGCUACAAAUAUCCAGAGGGAUCUCGAGCAGAUUUGGCUACCAUGGCACAAGCAACAAGCUUCGGUUGUGAAAGAGACCCAUUCUACCGUUCAUCCCUUCAGGAAACUGAUGUGGAUAUUGAGUUAAUGGCACCUGCUGUGCAGCUGGGACAAAAUUUCUACCUGACCCUUGAAGUUCAGAACAAAAGUUUGGAACAGCGAACUGUACAACUUUCAGCAACCUGCUGUGUUACCUACUACACUGGUGUAGACUAUGGUACCUUCAAGGAGGAGAGAAAGCUUGUCUCCCUGGGGCCAUCAAUGACUGAAAAGGUGAAUAUAGAGAUACUGGCAAAUGAAUACAUGGGUCAUAUGGUGGAUCAAGGCAGCCUCAAAUUCAUUUGUGUGGGGAAAGUCCAAGAAAACAAUCAGGUCUUGGGAGCAAGCAAAGUGGUCUUGUUGGAAGUCCCCAUUCUAAGUUUGAAGCUGCAUGGAGAGGUAAAGGUGAACCAAGAGAUGUCUGUCACCUUGGAGUUCACCAACAUCUUCAACGUUGUCCUGGAACAUGUGAAUUUGCGCAUGGAGGGCCCUGGUGAGAUAGGAUUGAAGAAGAAAUAUUACGAAUAUGUCUCCCCUGGUGCCUCUUUAACAUGGACUGAGUCAUUUGUCCCUGACAUGCCAGGAACAGGAGGAGUGGUAGGCAGUCUGGUCUGUCCCAAGCUCAGUCACGUCUACGGCGAGCUUGACUUCGACGCCCAGCCCUAAAAACAACAAUCAAAGAAGAUCCCCUUUUACUCGUAGCAAGCAAUAUGAUACAAAUCAGAGUGUCUGUCUCUUCCAAAUGCUGUUAAUGAAAUAACUAGUUGAGUUAUAGUUUUUCUCAGUUACUUUGGUGCAUUUCUCAGAUUAGAAUGGAAAUUGUCAAAACUGCUUGUUCAAACUUGAUUAUCACUUGUGCACAUUAUAAAUGUACUUCUCAUUUAUUCAAACUGCAAAUGCUUUAAUACAUCCAUGCGCUUGAUUGUGUACAAAUGUUGGCAGAGAAUAUAAGUAAUACCUUUCCUCUUCUUGCUAAUCAAUUAAAAAGUGACAGGUGUGACGUAAUCAAUUAAAGAGGCGGGACUUCCGGUGUGUACCUUUGA